CAGCUCUUCAUGCUGGAUAAUGCCCUCACCGAUUGGCGAAUUGCAGUCAGCACUCCGAAACUGGCUUUCAUCAUGCUUGAGUUUUUAGUCUGCUCCCUUCACCCUUUCCCGGUGGGAGAUUUCUUUUGCCUAGAUCCAAAGCCGGAACAGGACUACGUCUUCCUCUCGGAUGUUGACAUGUUACUCUCCCUGGUGAUGUUCCUUCGCCUCUAUCUGGUCCCUCGAGCCGUGCUACUGCGGAGUAGCGUGCUGGGAGAUGCCUCUUACCGCAGCAUCGGGUCGCUCAACAAGAUCCACUUCCAGUACCCUUUCGUGUUACGGGUGAUGGUCAACAGCCAGCCGGGCCGUGUGCUGCUCAUCUUUACGAUGGGGCUCUGGAUCAUUGCUUUUUGGGUACUGUCCGUCUGUGAACGG